AUGGGGCCUAGAGUUGAGAAACAAUACACCAAGGAAUACAAGGUUCGAGAAAUCCAAAAAAAUCUAGUUAAAAAGGCCCGUUUGAAGAAAGAAUACCUGAAAGCUUUGAAAGAUGAGGGAUUCACGGCUCCUGAGAAAAAGGCCAGCGAAGCGAAGCUCAGCUUCAGAGAGAUGAAGGAGAAAAAUGCUUUGGGGAACCACAAAAGAGUGGAUGAGAAAAAAGAACUGAAGAAACUGCGUGGUAAGCAGCAACGAGCAAAGGUUAUCGAUCGUCAACAGCGUGAGAAGGAGCGGGUGGAAGAUAUCAAGAAAAGAGAGAAGCAAAGAGAACUUCGAUCCUCCAAAGUGACGCAACGUACACGUUCGGGGCAACCUUUGAUGGGUCCCAAAAUCGAGGAUCUGCUGGGCAAAAUCAAAGCGGACGACACUUACACACGCUAG